CCUAUUGACGCUGUACAUUUAUGAAAAAAGCAUGAUGCUUUUAGAGACGUAAAUGGUGAUGGUUUACUAGAAAUAAGAACCUGUUUUCCCCAUUAUAUAAAUUGAUGUUAAGUUACUUAGGUAUGAACAGAUGAUGAAGUCGAAUGUGGAAAUGUAAUGACGUUUUUUUCUUGGUGUUUGUGUUUAAUUUCAAAAUAAAGGUUGUUCGAUAUUAAUCCUUUCCAUGCGACGUGUUACCAUUGAAUAAAAUGUAGCUGUGCUCCCGUUACAUGAUACCUUGCUUCUCCUGUUGUUUGUGAAUGCUAUAUUCCUUGCCUUAUCCUUGAUGGUUUCUCUAUGAAACUGCCAAUCUUUGUUUGCAAUCAUGAAACUUGAUGUUGUUUGUUUUCAGGAUAUUAGAAAGGAGCAAAAGAGAGAAGGGAGGUUAAAUAUAGGGAUGGUGUUUUUUGUGUGAUCCUCUUGAUUGAGUGACCGGAAAUUAUUGGUGUUGGUGAACUUUAGAAGAGGGAUUUGGAAAGGAGAGAAGGGAAAGUGUAAGAGAUCUUGUCUGAUAGGUUAGGGAAAUCUGGGACUUGAAUUGUGAUGACUGGAUUGUAUCAAGUUGGAAUCAUUCGAAAUGGAGCUUGUCCUUGUAUAUUAACCUUUGUGGCUGUGUUUUGUGCACAUGCUUGUUUGCUCAUGAUCAUGCAAAACAGAGGAAAAGACUUUCAAUUAGUGAACUAUCUGACAGAGCAGCCAAAGUUCUUGGUGAUCAUCAGACAGAAUCUGUCUUUGGUAGUUUUAGAAGACCAGCUUCCAGAAAUGAGUUGUAAGUUGAAAGCUAAUAGGGCUAUAAAGCUGCUUAAAAAGAGGGCAAUGUCAAAAGAAAAGAAGAUAUCUGCUGCAAUGGCUGCUGGACUUGAUUGGGGAAGUGAUGAUUCAAAAGAUGAAGUUCCAGUAAUAAUUGUUCACCUUAAAACAUCAAUUUCUCCUGGUGAAAAAUUCUGCUUUUUUUGUAUUGAAUUAUUCAUUACACUUUUCUUUGGGAUGGGUUCAGCAACAACCACUGAAGGAGCCUCCAUUGCCCGAUCUCUUCAAGGACGAGGAGCAUUAUAACCUCAUUUCAGAUUCUGUUUUGUCUAUUGUGCGCUGCUGUAAGCUGUGUUCUACUGUGAUCCUGAGCUAGUCAGUGUGCUGGGGUUGUUUGACUGUUCCUGUGCCUGCUCAGAGCUUCUGUUUUUUCUGUCCCUGCUGGUUUGCUAUGGUCUAUCUAUCUGUUGGCCUGUUGUGUAGCUGUUCUGCAUUCCUGAGCUUGGUUCUGAUGUGGUGGCUACAAUGCCGGUGUCUUUGCUCUGGUGGAGUUUGUGUUUCUGUGACCCUGGGACUGUUCUGAUAUGGUUCAGAUUGCUAUGAUGCUGUUUGCGUUUGGUCUGGUCAGUUUUUCAGUUGCGGUUUUGCUGAUUUGCUUUGCUCUGAUUCUGUGUUGCUGAGUGCUAGGUUUUAUGGGCUGAUCCUUGAAGCAUUCUUCUCAGCAGGUGCUGUUCUUCAGGGACCUACUGGUGCCUGCUCUGCACUGGUUGUGCUGCUGGUUUGGGUGCUGUACAGUAGUGGUGUGGUUUGGUGUUGCUGUUUUGGUGGGCUGCGAGGUUGUAAUAUUGUUUAAUUUUUUUUGGACAAAAAUUGUAAUAUUACAGCCUUUU